AUGAAUGAAGACGAUAUAUUUCAAACAGCAAAAUUUGUUAGUCAAGGACUUGAUGCACUUAAAAAUGAAUAUGAAAAAAUUCUUGAAAAUAUUGUUCAUUCGACGAAAAUAUUAUCAACAAAUAAAAUCGAAGAAAAAAUUGGUUUAAUUCAAAAAUCAAUGAAUAUGAUUGAUUUAGGAAUUGAUGAAGCUCAAGUAAUGAUGCAAAUAGAUAAUCAUUUACAAAAUCUUGAAAGUGAAAAACAUAAAUUACGUAUACAAGUGAAACGUUUAUGUCAAGAAAAUGCUUGGUUACGUGAUGAAUUAGGAUCAACACAAAAAAAGUUACACGAAUCUGAACAAAUCAAUGCUUCUUAUACUGUUGAACUUGAAAAUUUAAAAUUCUUAAAAGAUAUUAAACUAUUUGAUAAUGAUGACCAAAUUCAUGAACAAGAUCUUAUUAAUGAUUUAUUUUCAUUAGAUGAUAAUGAACAAGAUAUUUCUUUAGAUCAUCAACAAAAUCAUUUGAAUAAAAUUGAUUCUGAUGCUGAUCUAUUAAUAUUAUCAUCACAAUCUACGAAUGAAUCAUUUAUUUCAGCAAAUGGUUAUGAAAUACCAAAUAGAUUAAAAACUUUACAUAGUUUAGUUACGGAAUAUACAUCUCAGGGACGACAUGAAGUAGCUGUAUCUUUAUGUCGACAAGCACUUGAAGAUCUCGAGAAAACAUUAGGACAUCAACAUCCUGAUGUUGCGACAAUGCUCAAUAUUCUUGCACUUGUCUAUCGUGAUCAAUCAAAAUUUCAAGAAGCAAGUUCAUUACUCUAUGAUGCACUUGCUAUUCGAGAAAAAACACUUGGAUAUGAUCAUCCAGCUGUAGCAGCCACAUUAAAUAAUCUUGCUGUUCUUUAUAGUAAACGUAAUAAAUUUAAAGAAGCUGAAUCAUUAUGUAAACGUGCACUUGAAAUUCGUGAAAAAUGUUUAGGUUCAUCACAUCCUGAUGUCGCUAAACAGCUUAAUAAUCUUGCUUUCAUUUGUCAAAAUCAAGGAAAAUAUGAUGAAGUUGAAUCAUAUUAUAAACAUACUAUUGAUAUUUAUACAAAAAAUUUUGGAUCUAAUGAUCCAAAUGUCAUUAAAACAAAAAAUAAUCUUGCAUCAACUUAUUUAAAACAACAAAAAUACAUUGAAGCUGAACAAUUAUAUAAAGAUGUUCUUACAUGUGCAUAUGAAAAAGACUUUCAAUCAUCAAGAAAAAAUUUUCCAUCAUUAUCAUCAACAAAAUUAAGAAAUAAUGAUACACAAAAUAAUUGGUAUAAAACAAUUGAAAUUGAUAUACCAGCAAUAACAACAACAUUAAGAAGUCUUAGUUUACUUUAUCGACGACAAGGUCGAUAUGAUACAGCUGAGAUCAUUGACAAUUGUGCAUCACGUGUUCGGAAAGACUCACAGGCUGUUAUUCAAGCACUAAAUUUGAUUCAACAAGUAAAUCAUCUUUCAUAA